AUGCUGCCUCUGGGACUGCGUGUGCAAGAUAAGCUAGAGCGACUCAUUGAUAAGCAUAUGCGAACAGUUGGGGCAUCUAAGGUGUCAUUAUCAUCUUUAUCCGCCCAGGAGCUUUGGGAGCAGUCUGGGCGUCUAAAAGAGGGCUCGGAAAUCUUUCGUUUCCAGGAUCGGAAAGAGUCCCGCUUUCUUCUUGCGCCGACUCAUGAAGAGGAGAUCACCACUCUAGUGGGUCAUCUUACCAAAUCCUAUAGAGAUCUGCCAGUGCGAGUGUACCAAAUAUCAAGGAAGUACCGGGAUGAACAGCGACCCAGGCAGGGCUUACUUCGUGGGCGUGAAUUCAUCAUGAAGGAUCUCUACACUUUCGAUUACAACGCCGAGAAUGCCCUGAAGACGUAUACAGCUGUAAAGAAGGCUUACACAGAGCUCUUCGAUGAGCUCAAGAUCCCCUAUUUGGUUGCUGCUGCGGAUUCCGGGAACAUGGGCGGUAGCCUAAGUCACGAGUUCCACUUUGCUAGCAACAAGGGCGAGGACACAGUUNUCAGCUGUUCCAGCUGCGAUAGUGUCUACAACGAGGAACUUGCCGAUGGAAAGGCCCAUAAUGUCGAUGACCAGCAAACCCGAAUUGGUCACGCAUCCGGCUUUGACACGGGCGAAUAUACAUUGAAGGACCCUAGUCAGCCGCCAGCUGAAAGGGAAGUCAACUCCCAUGCCGUCAAGUCUAUUGCCAAGGCGGCCGGCAUAGACCUUGAUAUCAGUAUUGAAAACCCCUUGGAACAAUGGGCAAAGCACAUUCAGUCAGAGGAAGCUUCCGGCCAGCGGCCUCGAGUGUUGGAUGUGUACGACUCAUAUGUGCGGGCAUACAAGCGCCCUCCUUUGACGGACACAUUAGACGGGAUUAACCGCGCCGUGGAAGGAUGGUUGACUUUUCAAAACUCGAUCGCUUCCCCGGAACCAACAACUAUCUCAACCUUGUACGGGUGCACGAAGGCGACCAGUGCUCGAAAUGCGGCCAAGGCCUCUGUGGUGGUUGACCGCGCUCACCUUGACCCAGGCGACCGUUCGUCAUCAUCCCAAAAAGACCAAUUAGUCCCAAUGCAGAUGGGGUGUCACGGUAUCGGAGUAUCACGCAUGAUCAGCGCGGUAGCAGACAACCUGGCAGAUUCCAAGGGUCUCAACUGGCCUCGUGCGAUCGCUCCCUACGAAGUCAUCGUCGUCCCUGCCAAGGGAAUGGAAGAGGAAGCAGUGCAAAUUUACGACGCGCUCACCUCAGAGCCCACUACUGCCUUGGACGUCAUCCUCGACGACCGCGAUAAGCAGAUGGGCUGGAAGCUGGGAGAUGCAGAUCUUAUUGGUUACCCUGUGAUUGUGGUCGUAGGCAAAGGCUGGAAAAAGCAGCGCACCCUGGAAGUGCAGUGUCGGCGACUUGAAGUACGUGAGGAUGUUGCCUUGGAGGCUCUGCCGGAGUUUGUGGGUUCUUUGCUUGAGAAGCUGUAG